GUCGUGUUAGGUGAAGACGCUGACGAGAUGCAGAGUCUUCUGAACACUUUGAGUGGGAAUUUGAGAAUGUUUGGAAUAUGGUUCUCACCACCUAAAUGCAAAUUGUUGCUCCAGGAUUGGUCUUCAACAAUGCCCCAUUGCGGCUAACAAUAGAGAGUGUAGUGAUUGAGUGUGUCUACCACUUCACUUACCUGGGAAGUGGGGUCAGCCCUGGUGGCUAACUCAGUGGUCGAUGAAAUCUCUGCACGGAUACAAAGGGCUUGGCUGACUUUGGUCAACUUACGCCAUGUAUGGCGCUGCCGUGAUAUCUGAUUGUGUAUUAAGGGUCGCAUGUACUGCACAUCAUUCCAGUCUGUUUUACUGUAUGGCUGUGAAACAUGUCCAUUGAAGGUGGAAGGCAUGAGAGGGCUUGAAGUGUUUGACUACCGUUUCCUUCGUAGUAUAGGCCGUAUUCCAUGGUGUCAUCACGUGAGUAGUGCAGAAGUCAGGUGUAGAGUUUUAUGGAGAAGAGGUGAUUCGGUUGACGAGGUUAUGAACCUUGAUCGACUGAGACGGUUGGGACACGUAUUACGUAUGCCUAGUCGCCUAUUGCCUCGUCACACAAUGUUGGCCGAAGUAGGUCCAGGCUGGAAAAAGGCCUGAGGUGGCCAAACUGAAACAUGGCAUGAAGCUAUGAAGUUGUUGAGUGUUGGUUUGAGCCAUGUGGGGCGAAGCAGACUAGGUGGUUGGGGUCGGCGGGACAAGAGGAAGCAGUGGUUGGAGACUCUGGGUGAU